GAGAGGUAAGCUGGUCUAGUAAAAACUAAUUGGUGUUCUUUGUAUCUGUUUUUAUAUCCUGCCUGCUUCAGUGGAGGAUUUGGGGUGACUUUUAAUAAGAAUCCAUAUGUUAAAACCAUGGAAUAAUACAAACAAUGGUAAAGAUCCUUGCCAAAGAAAGUAUAAUUAUAAAUAGACAGUCAAGGCCAGGAGGAAAGAAAACGGAAGUCUGCCGUCCAUAGGUGAGCUGCCUUGGCCGAGGUCCUGGGAAAAGUAGUGCCAAAGCUGCGACUAGGAGCCUGAACGUCCCGUACCGCCAUAGUGCUCCCUGCACAGUGAGCGCCAGGACCUUGUGGGGGAAGGAGAAGCUGACAGCCUGCCCAGCACUGGUUCUUAACCUUCUUGGGAUCACUGACCCCUUAGAAAUCUGGGUCCCCUGCCCACAGAGGGCCUCACACACAGCCUGGCAGUUUGAGAUUUGACAUGAAGCAUUCCUGCUGUCAGGAUUGGCUGACGGCUGGCGCUCAGGCCACGCCGCUUCAGAGCAGUGUAUUUGCUCCUUUUAAAGGGAGGCAGCUGGUGAAGGAGCGAAUGCCCGCUGUGAGUCCACACGGAGUCCUGACACCGCCAGCUGUGGGAUCUGGGACUCAUGGUUUAAUCUCUCCAAGGUCCAGUUUUCUUUGUAAAAUAGAGAUAAGAUGGUCUGCUUUGUCCUUCAGGUUAUUGUCAGACUUAAGAAUGGAUGCUGAUCCCAGUGCCUGGCAUGUAGUAGAUGCUCAACCAAAGUGCUGGCGUGCAUAAUCCAGUGCAUCACAGCUGUGCCAGUUAGGAAAGGGUGAUGACCUGGAGGAAAUUGGGCUGUAUCUGAAAUAAAAUAAAAAUUUAAAAAUUGUAAACAUGCAAAUAUAAAGUCAACCCUAUUAUGACUUACAAACCAGGUACAUACCUUGGUGAUGGAAACCUAAAUGAAUGCACUUAUUUAGAAUAGUGCACUGCAUUCGAUAUUUGACCCAAGGUAAAAUGCUAAAAGGAGAAACUAAUAGACUUUCUAAUAAGGACUGUUUACUGGGACUCACUUGCCUCUUUUGAAUGGAGCCGGCACCUGUGUAGUUUUUAAAUGAAAGGACAUACGUGGGGACCUGGGCAGCACCCAGUCUUGCCUGGCAUUGGAGGUUGGGCUGAGUUUCUGCCAGGGUACAGGAGUUGCUUGGCGGUUGGCUCACGUCCCUCUUGGAUCAGCAGCUUGCUGUGGUAAACAGUGACUUGGUUGAUUCUGCUCUAGAUCAAAUAAAUGGCUUUUUAUUUAACUGAUGGGGGUGUGUGUCUUUGGGUGCUAUAACUGAGGCAAGUGGCGUUUGUUGAGAUUGAUUGUCCAAACCUAUUGUUGUUUAUUGACAGGCUUCAGAACUUUAAAAUCUAUGGCUCCAAAAUUGUGAGGACAGGGCUUGGGCAGGCCUACUGAUCUAUCAAAAGAACUGCUGUUACAAAAUACUGUAUUGUCUUCUUUCUCUGUCAUUUUAGGCCUGGCACACGGAGCCAGGGAAAUAAGGCUUAGGGCAAAUUCCUGCUAUUUAAUUUGGGUUAAGACAUACACUACCUGUCUGGUGGGUUACAUUCUUCACGUAUUUAUAAAGAGGAAUUUUUCCUCUGAGAGAGAGGGGGACAGGAGAAGAGUGAGUGUAUGUGCGUAUGUCUGGAAUUUCUCUUGCCGUCUCUCUGUCUCACCCCUAAUCAGUCAUUUCUCAACCCAGAGAAAUCCGUUUUCUCCAGGCUCAGUGACCUUGGCAAAUUUCUUCCCUUCUGGCUCUGUGGCCUGAUUUUGUAUCAUAGGAGGUCUGUGGCAAAGUUUUUUCUAAUUUGACCUUUAGGUUCCAAACAUCAGCACCCCGUGGUACAUCACAGAGUGAACAGGCUCCCUCUCUUCGGCAAAGGCCCUUUCUUAGAAGGUGGCCCGUGCCCCCUUUGUUGUGUUUUCCCCUCCAGACUCACUGCCUCAUUCCUUCAACCAUUCCUUAGCAGGACCGGAUUAAGAGCAGGAUUUCUCAAGAAAUGAUCUACAGACCACGUGCAUCAGAAUCACCUAGGGGCCUGUUAGAAUGCCCACCUCUGACCUACUGAAUCAGGAUCUUCAAGAGCGGGGUGAGAGUUUGUGUGCCUAGACCCAAGCCAAGAUGGAGAAACAUCUUUGUCAUCUUCUGUGUGGAACCUGCUGACAUGGCCGAUCCCGGGGCUGAUGAACCGUCCCCCAGGACAGAGAGUCCGGAUGGGGAAGGCCGGGUGUCUGAGGACAGAUCGUUGCUCCAUCAGAGGCUGGCCAUCAGGGAACUCAUCGACACGGAGGUCUCCUAUCUGCACAUGCUCCAGCUCUGUGCCUCGGACAUCAGGGGCCGCCUGCAGCAGCUGCCGCAGGGAGAUCUGGAUGUCCUGUUCUCAAACAUUGAUGAUAUCGUCAAGGUGAACAGCAGAUUUCUUCAUGGUCUGCAGGAGACAGCCUCCAGGGAAGAGGAUCAAGUGCAGCUAAUUGGUAACUUAUUCCUGGAAUUCCAAGAGGAGUUGGAGCAAGUCUAUAAGGUCUACUGUGCCAGCUACGACCAGGCCUUGCUGCUGGUGGACACUUACCGGAAGGAGCCAGAGCUGCAGCGGGAGAUCCAGGGCAUCAUUGAGGCAGUGGUGCCACAAGCUGGAUCCUCAGGCCUCAGUUUCUUACUGGUAAUCCCUCUGCAGAGGAUUACCAAGUACCCACUGCUGCUGCAGAAAAUCCUGGAGAACACACUCCCUGAUGCCAGCGCCUACCCUGUCCUUCAGAGGGCUACCCAUGCCCUCCAGGAUGUGAACGCCAACAUCAAUGAAUACAAGAGGCGCAAAGAAGUGGCCUCCAAGUACACCAAGGUGGAGCAGCUGACCCUCCGGGAGCGCCUGGCCCGCAUCAACACGCACACCCUCUCCAAAAAGACCACCCGGCUGAGCCAGCUGCUGAAGCAGGAGGCGGGGCUCGUGCCCAGGACGGAAGACAAAGAAUUUGAUGAUUUAGAAGAAAGGUUCCACUGGGUGUCGCUGUGUGUAAAGGAGACGAAGAACAACGUGGCUGCCUACCUGGAUAAUCUGGAGGCUUUCCUCCACUUCCGGCCGCAGGAGUGUGACCUGGACGUCGGCGGGGGGCCGGUGGUGCAGUACUGCAGCCUGACGAGAGACCUCCAGCUCCAGGCCUUCCCGGAGUUUAAGCGGCGGCUGGAAGGCCUGGUGUGGCAGCCACUGUGCAGCCUGGCCAAAACCCUGGCCGGCCCUCAGAACCUGAUCAAGAAGCGUCUGGACAAACUCCUGGACUUUGAGCGGGUGGAAGAGAAGCUGUUGGAGGUGGGCAGUGUGUCCUACGAGGAGGAGGUGGCCCGGCACACGUACCAGGCACUCAACUCCAUGCUGGUGGCCGAGCUCCCGCAGUUUAACCAGCUGGCCAUGCAGUGGCUGCGCCAGAUCCUGUGCACGUUCGUGGCCCUCCAGAGGGACCUUGCCAAGCAGGUGCUGCAGAGGGCAGAGGGCAGCUUGGCUCAGCUACCCCACCACCACAUCCCUGAGCUGGCCUUCAGGAAACUGGUGGAGGAUGCACUAGGCCAGACCAGUCACCAGCUUCACUCCUUUCAGAAGAACUUCGAGAAAGUGCUGCCACCUCCUACCAUACAACCGCUCCUUCCAGGGGCUGAACGCCAAGUGCAGGCCCUCCUGAGCAGGUAUGGCCCGGGAAAGCUGUACCAGGUGACAAGCAACAUCAGCGGGGCUGGGACUCUGGACCUGACACUGCCACGGGGCCAAGUUGUGGCCCUCCUUCAAAACAAGGACACCAAAGGCAAUAGCAGCCGCUGGCUGGUGGACACUGGGGGACAUCGAGGAUAUGUUCCAGCUGGGAAACUGGAGCUGUACCGCGUCGUCCCCAGGGACAAGGAGCUCAGAGGACAGGCGGGGCCUCACGAGGACUCCCGACAUCUAACACCAGAGCCCACUCCAGUGCCAGUCUCUUCUGUCCCAACCAUGACCCAGGUGGUGGCAGUGUACCCCUUUCUGGCCAGAAGCAGCCAUGAAGUGAGUCUGCAGGCAGGCCAGCCAGUGACUGUGCUGGAGGCCCAGGACAAGAAGGGGAACCCGGAGUGGAGCCUUGUGGAAGUGGACGGACAGCGGGGAUAUGUGCCUUCCAGCUUCCUGGCCAGGGCCCCAAGCCCGGCUCCGUGGGGCUGGAGUCUGCCCUCUUAGGGUGCCCUCCUUGGAGCCCAUGUUGUCAAGAGAGGGGGGAGGCUUAGAGGCUGUGACCCCAGGAGAGAAGAAAAGCAAAGAGAAGGCGAGGGUGGAAGGGGAGAUCAGGCCAGAGUGGGAUGAAGGGCACCCAGAAAAGGAGGGGGCCGUGAAGAGUGCCUGGCGUGGGUGGGCAUGGAAGGCCCCAGCCAGGACCACUCGUUAUGUCUGCUUACGAGGUUGCCCCAACCUGGAGUCUCACACCCUGGAUGGCAGGUCAAGUUGAUGAGGACUUGUAGCUGAUGGCCAGUCUUACCUCUGCCCCAUCUGGGCCUGCCCAUGCGAGUGGGUCACCCAGGUGAACGCUGCCUGUGUGCUCUGUGGUUGCAGGGAGGGGCGCUGGAGAAGUCCAGAACGGCCUGGCCUGCCGGUUCCCUCCCCGCAUGUGGUAUCAGGAGACGCCAUAGCCGACCAGUCACCUUUUAUUUCUCCCUGCUGGGAGCUGAGUUGUCUUGGGCGGUGAACUCUGGGAGCCCUCUCCAGCGGGCUUGUCCGGGCAGUGCAGAGGUUCCCAGAAGACUCUUGGUUGGGCCUGGGAGUGGGCGUCACCAAGUCACGGUUCUGGAAUGUGUGUAGGCAAAGUCAGAGGCUGUUCCAGGGAAGAGGGGAUUUUGAGGGUAUGUCAGGUGUGGCGCACGAGGCUGCUGGCAGCAGUUGUACACUGCUGCUGUGUUCUCUGGACUGGAGACAAAGGCGCAUGCAAAUCACAGGGGAAACUGUGCCUCAGGUGCUUACAGUCCUGGUGGGUGGGGGAGGUUAGGUAAUGGCUUGGUUUCCUGUUUCUGGAAGCUGGGGAGCCAGAGGAACCUCCAGUGGUUUCAAGAGCCUGCCGAGGCCUGGAGGCAACAGUGGACGUGAAGUCACUUGGCUGUGGGACCUUAGACCUAGGACACCACCUCAGUUUUCCGAUCCAUAAAGCCCUAACUCACAGUUUUGCGGUGAGAAUGACGUGAGGCUAAGGAUGUGGAAGCUCCUUGCAUCGCAGGGUGUGGUAUAAAUGUAAAUUGCCAUUGGAAGCAGGAUGUGUUGGAAGUGGCGUCAGGAUGGCCCCAGCAUCAGCCAGCCCUGCCUGCACUGGAAGCAUUCCUGCCGCCAUGCCCCAUGCCCAGGCCCAUGGCCGAUGUCGUUAAUCAACAUGGCAUCCUUUCCCGUAAACCCAGGAUCUACCUCAGGAUCCUUCUUGCGUUCUAGGCAGCCAAUCUCUUGCACUCAGUGAGGUCAAACCCUAUGGUCAUCCCUUUCUAGAACCUGGAAAUUGAAAACCACUUCCUGUUCAAGGAAGACAGAGAGGCAGUUUUGGGUGCAGCUGCUGUUGGAUCAUCCCUUCUCGGUUGUCACUCUGGGCUAUGAUAAACUGCCAGGUUCACGGAAGAGGGAAAAGGUGAUCCAGCCUGAUCUUUAAUAUGAAUUACAAAUUUUGGAACCAGCCCAAGUUAGAGUGUGUGUAAAAGCAGGUGGCAGUUUAGCCUUAUUUCCAAGAACAUCUCUAUGUGAUUAUAAUAUAGUGCCUAAAGCUGUUAGCUCUGGUUUUGGGAGGGCUAAUUUUAAGAAAUAGAGACAUGUCUGUGUCAGUCCUUAACUCAUCUCCUCUGGGCUUCUGAAAGCUUGAAGCCUGCAUAAUACAAGAGAAACUCAGUCCCCACCAUCCCUUUCCUGGCGCCAAAUUCACUGUACCAGAUGCUCUUGACUCAUUUUCCUUUCUCUUUCCUGCUCAGCUUUCUGAUACAAAUAGGAAGCAUAGAGGAGCAGAUGAUAAAGUAGGAAAUCCAUUGGUGGGUCCACAGUGCUUGUGAGAGCUCCUGUGUGCUGGAACUCGAGCUCAGGGCUUCUCGAGAUGGCUGCUCUCUGUAGUCAUCUGGGCAGCUUUCAACUAUGAGUGACGCCAGGAUCCCCGCCCCCCCCCCCCCCCCCCCAGAGAUUUUGAUGUAAUUGGUCUGGGGUGUAGCCCGAGCCUCAGGAAUUCAAAAAGUUCUCCAGAAUUCUAGUGUCUGGCAAGGGUUGGAGACCUCUGCCCUAGCCACGUAGUGGUGGACGAGAUAGACGUGGGGUCAGAAAUGGCCACAACUAUAAGCUAGGACAUGCCCUGUCUGAGCUUUGUACUAGCUCAGAUGUUUUGAACAGGCAGCUUUAGAGGUGGUUUGAACGAGGACAGCCUGUUCUGUCAGGUCCCAGAAUGUAUAUUUAUUAAGUGCCGUUAAAAGGGACCUGCGCAAAAUUGGAUGUUCUUGUAGGCGUAAGGGAGAAAACCGAAAUACACUUGGAAUCAAAUCUGUCUCAUGAAGGGAAAAUAAGAAUGGGUUCAGUAGCACAUGAGUUAUGGUUUCUCGUAGACCAGCGAAUGAGAUUAAAAGUCACUGAAGGGUGAGAAAAUGCAUAUUGAAAAGAUGGAGAAUGGCCUGAAUUUUCUCCAGGGGACUUUGUGUAAUGUGCCUUUUUUUCCCCUCGAAUGCCUGGAACCAUUGCACUGUGUCUUAUGUAUUUCACUGUCGGACUGUCACGUAUUAAACUUGCUCAAGCAUUUGCCUAUGAACCAAAUAAGACUUCAGGAGUUGGAGACUGACUCCCAAGGGUGCCCCUCGCUCCCUGCGACGGAGUGAGAGCUCUUCAACCUUUGGGGCCCCAACCCAGUUUUGGACGUGAGGCCAAGAUACAGUAUCAAAGGAAAGAUGAGUGAAUUUCUGAUUAAUAUGACAAGCUCUAGCUUGGUGAAUAACUGAUGUGAACUACUGGGAAUAAAGGACUUCAAAGAUGGAA